CGAACUAAUAUUCUGCUAAGUAUCUGUUUAUUGUAAGAGCAAAGGCACUGUACGAGAAGGUGAAGUGGUGAAGGUGUCAGUACUCAGUGUCAGACGGGGGACGUCACAAUUUUAUGUGAUUUUAUUAUUUUUGAAAUUUUGAAUCGAAAUUUGAAUUUUGUGACCGGGCAUUUCGACCAGCUAAGAAUACAAUGAGCAUAGUGAGAUUUUUUACCAGAGAGGCGUUUAGUGCGCAUAAAACUCAUGAAAUAUUGGAAAAGUUAAAAGUUGUACAGUGUGAUAUAGUAAAUUUAUCAACCGAACUUUGCUAUCAUGUGGAACUUGCCGAAGGAUGUGAAUAUCUCAAUAUAAAUCAAAUCAAAAUUCUACAAUGGCUUCUUAGUUCACCUUUACAGCCACAUUCUUUGAGAAACGAAUCGGUAUUUAAGAAUAUUCAAGGCGAUCAAGUGAUUAUUGAAAUUGGACCAAGGUUCAAUUUUUCCACUGCGGACUCUAGUAACUCUGUACAGAUUUGUGAGAGUGUGGGUCUUCAUGAUGUUGUCAGACUUGAGGUUUCAACAAGAUAUCUCAUCACAUUCAAAACAGCCAAAACUGUUGAUGAUGUUCUAUUGGAGAAAUUGGCGGCACCUCUUCAUGACAGAAUGACUCAAUGCAUUUAUACUAAGGAAAAUCUUCCUCGGCAUAGUUUUAAUGAAGGUUUGCCAAAAGACUUGGAACCAUGGUAUGUUGUGCCUUUACAGAAAGAAGGCAUGGGGGCGAUGAAAAGAGUGAACCAGAAACUAGGAUUAGCUUUUGAUUCUUGGGACAUGGAAUUCUACAUGGAUUUGUUUGUUAAUAAACUGAAGAGAGAUCCAACUAGUGUGGAAUUAUUUGAUCUUGCUCAAAGUAAUAGUGAACAUUCAAGGCAUUGGUUUUUCAAGGGUAAAAUGAUACUGGAUGGAAAGGAAAUAAGUGAAUCACUUAUAGAUAUGGUCGCUUCUACUCAGAAGUUUUCAAAUGAUAACAAUGUCAUUAAAUUUGGUGAUAACAGCAGUGCCAUAAAAGGAUUUCAACACACAAAAAUAAAACCUAGUAAUGUAGGAGCUCCAUCUCAAGUUAUAUCAGAGACAGUGGAGUCCGAUAUAAUAUUUACAGCCGAAACUCACAACAUGCCAACAGCUGUAGCUCCAUUCAGUGGCGCUACUACCGGGACAGGGGGCAGAAUACGGGACGUACAGGGGGUGGGCAGAGGAGGGCAUCCUGUAGCAGGAACUGUCGGUUAUAGUGUUGGGAACAUUCAAAUUCCAGGUUACGAUUUGCCUUGGGAAGAUAAAAGUUGGAAAUAUCCAAACAAUUUUGCAAGUCCGCUACAAAUUUUGAUUGAGGCCAGUAAUGGUGCAUCCGACUAUGGUAACAAGUUUGGAGAACCGGUUGUUUCAGGAUUUGUCCAGUCGUAUGGUCUGAAGAAUGGAGAUAAUGUGAGAGAAGAAUUUGUUAAGCCAAUAAUGUUCAGUGCAGGCAUUGGUUACAUGCCACAUACUAUGAUAAAGAAAAAUAAGCCGGAAAAAGGUAUGUUGCUGGUGAAGGUGGGUGGGCCCGUGUAUCGUAUCGGAGUAGGUGGCGGAGCGGCAUCCUCAGUGGAGGUACAGGGAGGAGGGACUCGAGACCACGCACUGGACUUCGGUGCGGUCCAGAGAGGUGAUGCUGAGAUGGGUAACCGGCUGAAUAGAGUUAUUCGUGCUUGCUUGGAAGCUGACGUUAAUCCAGUGGAAUCAAUUCACGACCAAGGAGCCGGCGGUAAUGGAAACGUGCUUAAAGAGCUGGUAGAACCGGAAGGAGCGGUCGUAUUCACCAAGGAAUUCCAGCUGGGAGACCCCACCAUCACGACCCUGGAGUUGUGGGGCGCAGAGUACCAGGAGAACGACGCUCUGUUGUGUACCAAGCGGAAUAGACCUAUAUUAGAAGAAAUUUGCAAACGAGAGAGAUGUCCUGUGUCAUUCGUGGGUGAAGUGACCGGUGAUGGAUACGUGAGUCUUGUGGAGGACUCCUACCAGGACAAGUACAUUGAGAGAUCGAAUAGAAUUCGAUCAGACGUCAAGUCUAAGCUGCCAUACGAUUUGCAUUUAGAGGCUGUUUUGGGUAAUAUGCCACGGAAGACUUUUGAUCUAAAGACGGAGCAACGUACAAAAGUACCGCUGACAUUGCCUAGCGACAUUACUGUAGAGGAAGCUCUCAACCGAGUGCUCCGGUUGGUCAAUGUCGGCAGUAAGAGAUAUCUCACGAAUAAGGUGGACCGCUGCGUCACGGGCCUGGUGGCUCAGCAGCAGUGCGUGGGUCCUCUCCAGUCGCCGCUGGCCGACUGCGCCGUGCUGGGCCUGUCGUACUCCGAGCUGGUGGGGUCGGCCACGGCCAUCGGCACCCAGAACAUCAAGGGGCUGCUCGAGCCCGCGGCCGGCGCUCGCCUGUCGCUGGGAGAAGCUCUCACCAACUUGGUGUUCGCCGGUAUAACGCAGCUGGAGGACGUGAAGUGCUCGGGCAACUGGAUGUGGCCGGGCAAGACGGGCGCGGCGGGCGCCGCACUCGUGGUGGCGUGUCGAGCGCUGGCGGCGGCCAUGGCGGUGGUGGGCGUGGCCGUGGACGGCGGCAAGGACUCGCUGUCCAUGUGUGCGGACGUGGGCGGGGACACGGUUCGUUCUCCGGGGACCCUGGUGGUGUCAACGUACGCGCCCUGCCCUGACAUCACGGUGAAAGUGGAGCCGGCACUUGUCAAGGAAGGCUCGGCGCUGGUUCACGUUCCUGUGUCAUCCAACUAUAGGAUCGGUGGUUCUGCAUUGGCUCAGUGCUACAAACAACUAGGAGACAACCCACCCGACGUCGACGACCCGACUGUGCUCAAAUCUUUGUUUAAAGUUACACAAAAGUUGUUGAAAGACAAGAAGCUCCUCUCCGGCCACGAUAUAAGUGAAGGAGGCUUCAUAACAACAGCGUUGGAAAUGGGCAUCGCUGGUGUUAGAGGACUGUACCUCAACAUAGAAGUGGACUCACGAGUGCCCACUAUCAAUGCACUGUUCAAUGAAGAGCUGGGUAUUAUUGUGGAGGUUGACCAGAAUAAUGUGCAGUAUGUUCUCAACGAGUAUAACACUAAUGGAGUUCAAGCUAAGGUUGUCGGUACUACUGGACAGUAUGGCAUGCAUUCUGAGAUUUUGGUGAACGUAAAUGGAAAGCAAGUGCUGAAUACGAAGCUAAUCGAUGUAUUUAGAAUGUGGGAAGAGACCAGCUUCCGGGUGGAAUGUCUGCAGGCCAACACGGAGUGUGUCAAACAAGAGUGGAAUGGUUUGGAGAACCGUAAAGGGCCAUCAUACUCGGUGACGUUCGACCCGACCGCAGCUGUCGUCAAAUGUAAAUCUGUUCGCGUCGCAGUACUACGGGAAGAAGGCACAAACGGUGACAGAGAGAUGAUAGCGUCGCUGAUGAUGGCUAACUUCGAGGUGUUCGACGUGACUAUGAGUGAUCUACAAUCCAAUAAGAUCACUCUCGACGCGUUCCAAGGACUUGUGUUCCCGGGCGGGUUCAGCUACGCAGACACACUUGGUUCAGCAAAAGGAUGGGCAGCCGGGAUUUUGUUUUCGGAAUCUCUCUACGGCCAGUUCUCGCACUUCAAGGGCAGGAGCGACACGUUUUCCCUGGGCGUGUGCAACGGAUGUCAACUGAUGGCGUUACUGGGUUGGAUAGACCCCGCCCAGAACACCGGCUCUGUUCGCAAGACACAAAUAUUCCUCGACCGUAAUCAGUCCGAGAGAUUCGAGUGCCGCUGGAGUGCAGUGAAAAUAAACGAGGAUAAAACAAAAGAGGAUGUUUGGUUCCGUGGAAUGGAUGGCAGCGUACUCGGGGUGUGGGUCGCUCAUGGCGAGGGACGGUUCUCGUUCGCAGAAGGUCAGGUGCGGGAGGCACUGACGAGGAACAAACAGGUGGCGCUGCAGUACGUGGACGAUGAUGGCGGGCCUACCGAGGAGUACCCCAUGAACCCUAAUGGAAGUCCAGAUGGACUUGCUGGAGUAAGAUCAGCUGAUGGUCGUCACAUAGCAAUGAUGCCCCACCCUGAAAGAUGUGUGCUUCGUUGGCAAUGUCCAAUCAAACCCCCUACAAGUUACAACCAAGCCAACCCCCAUAGCAACUACUCCCCAUGGAUGAGACUAUUCCAAAAUGCUUACAUAUGGGCAUCAAAACAAUAAUUUAAACAAUGUUAAUACUUGCCUUUCUUUAGUUUUUGUAUUUAAAUUAAUAAUAAUGAAAUAAAUUUAUAUUUUAUAGAAUUAAGAUUUAAAAGUAGAAUUACAUUUUAAGGUUUAAAAGGUAAUGAAUGUACUAAUAUAAAAAGUUAAAAAACACAUUCCUGAAUCUCGAGUCUUCCCUUCUUUGAUUUUUUACGUCAUAUUAUUUACAAUGAAGCUGUUUAAUUGAUUGUUAAGAAAUAAAUAAAUCAAAUAUAUCAAUAUAA